AUGUUGAAUAUUAAAUCCACGUCGCGACCGGUUGACAUCGCAGUCUUCGGAGCGACUGGCUUCACAGGUUCUCUGUACGCUAUCCCUAAUCUCGAUGAUGAGGAAUCGCUGCAUAAUAUCGUGGCGCGCGCCAAAGUCGUCAUCUCUGCUGCUGGACCCUUCAUGGCUAUAGGAACGCCCCUCGUCCGUGCUUGCAUCGCUUGUGGCACUCACUACUGUGAUAUCACUGGAGAAACUCCCUGGGUCGCUCGAGAUCUCCUUCCCCUUCACGAGAAAGCGAAAAUGAACAAAACGUUCAUCGUCAACUUUUGUGGAUUCGACUCCCAGCCGGCCGACCUCCUCGUUGGUUUCGCUGAGAAAAUCCUGAAGGCUCCAUUGUUGAGCGCUGAAGCAUUCGUGUCGAUGCGAGGGACGUUCAGUGGGGGGACACUCCAGUCGGGAAUUGCUAUGGCCGGCGUUCCUGAGGCAUCCGAUCUCUACAGCCUUGUUGAGACGGGUAGAGGAAGCGUUGAGGAAAUGCAAGAUUUGGCAAGUGAGCAAGAUGGAGAAAUUGGUAACACUGGAUUUGGUGUCUCCAGAAUGGAUCUGCGUCCUAAUCUAACAAGCAGCACGUUUCAGUCGGCUACCUUUGCUUGUCGAUCGGCGAAGUUGGACUCGGGGUUGGUCUUGGCGGAUGGUGACCAUGCUGGUGAUGACAACGAAUUUGACGCUGAUUUUCUGGCCUUUCGCCGAACUCUGCUGAAGACCAUCAAGAAUUUCCUCGAUACGGGGGAGGUCGGCUCUACCAGUAGCAUGAUAAUAGAACUGAAGGAUCGUCUUAGAGACAUCGAGCGUGAUGGAGCUUGUCAUCGCUGGAAUAAGCCUAUCAAGAAUCCUGAAACUACACAAGCGGAGAUCGCCGCGAUGGCCGUUCGUCAGGCCAAGCGACGUGUGCAAGAAGUACGUCGACGUAGACUCAUCCAUAGCACUGGAGAGGGAGGGGGCAGUCCUCAGGCUCUGGUCGCCAUCACUGGUCAGUGA